AUGUAUACUCUGAAAGGCGCCCAGAAAACUCUGGCUCAACUAGCUAAUCUAUCGCUCCAUCAAAUCGAGGUGCAGACUGUUUGUGGUCGCUUCCGCAUCUCCUGUGUGCGCAGUCAAAUUGAACAACCAUAUAAUUUGAGAAAAAUAUUAGUUGUGGGCUCACCACACAAGAAAGACAUUUUGCUAGUGGAUAAAAAUCACUUCUGUGACGGCGAUUACUGUUUUGUUCAGAAGCAAAACGGCAAGUUCACCAAAGGCUGUGUAUCGCUAAAUGAGCGCAACAGUUGGAGUCAUUUGAAAAGUGGCCAUCGUCACAUAAUGGGAGUUGAUCAGUGGCUUUGCCAGCAUCAUCUCUGCAACUUUGACCUCAGUCGGGUAGCAAGGGCUCUUGCGCCUACGCACAAACUCUUGCGUCGAUUGAAUGGAGUAUCAGAAUAUUGUUUAUAUGUUGUU